AGGCGUGAGCGAGAGCCGUGGCCGGAAAGAAAGGGUAGUGCAGCUGGGUACAGUACUGUACUCGGAUGUCGUUGUAUUGUACUGUACUGUACGAGAAAAACAUCCAGCAUUUUCUUUGAUGCGCAGCGUACCAGACCACAAUAUAGGGCUGUGGGACUAGGGAAGAGACCUCUGCGGCCACGGCACACUGCCCACCCGUACGUAGCACAGUACUAGAACGCUUCACUGCUGCCAGUGCAAGUUGCGCAGCUCCCAAUAAAGAGGUAUAGCUGCUCAUACAUGUCCUCACAGUCCUCCUCCUCGCCAAGCUCCAAUUCACACCCUGCGCAUGAAAAGCUGCCCUCCUUUCCAGCACAUAAGCUAGCUAGGGAAGGGAGGGACAGACAGAGCGAAGAACAGGGAGCGCGCGGCUCAAGCAGAGCAAGCAGCGGAGAGCAGUGCAGUGCAAGCCCAAUGGCUUGUUCCUUCCUAUUCCUGGCCUUCCUGACGGCGGCGGUGGCGGCGCCGGCGUGUCUGUCAGCUGCGGCCGCGACGGCCAAGCUUGUUUCCCCGUCGGAGAAGCCGUCCCUCUCCUUCGGAGAAGGAUACACGCAGCUGUUCGGCGACUCCAACCUCGCGCUCCACGGCGGCGGCAAGAGGGUGCACAUCUCCCUCGACGAGCGCACAGGCGCUGGGUUCGCGUCGCAGGCAGCGUACCUCCACGGCAGCUUCAGCGCCCGCAUCAAGCUGCCCGCCGACCACACCGCCGGCGUCGUCGUCGCCUUCUACAUGUCGAACGGGGACGUGUACGAGCGGACGCACGACGAGCUGGACUUCGAGUUCCUCGGGAACGUGCGGGGCAGGGAGUGGCGGGUGCAGACCAACGUGUACGGCAACGGCAGCACGGCGGUCGGACGGGAGGAGCGCUACGGCCUCCCGUUCGACCCCACGGAGGACUUCCACCGCUACGCCAUCCACUGGAGCCGCCACAGGAUCAUAUUCUACGUCGACGACACACCGAUCAGGGAGGUGGUGCGGACGGAGGCCAUGGGCGCACAGUUCCCGUCCAAGCCCAUGUCGCUGUACGCCACCAUCUGGGACGGCUCCAGCUGGGCCACCUCGGGAGGCCGCUACAAGGUGGACUACAAGUACGCGCCCUACGUCGCCGAGUUCGCCGACCUCGCGCUCCGCGGCUGCGCGGUCGGCCCCGCUAGCGCCUCGGCGUGCGCGACGCCUGGCAGUGCCAGCGACGACGACGAUGCCUACGGCCGCGCCGCCGACGCGAUCUCGCCCGCGCGGCGUUCGGCCAUGGAGGCGUUCCGGGCGCGGUACAUGACGUACGGCUACUGCUACGACCGCCUCCGGUACCCCGCGCCGCUGCCGGAGUGCAGCGUCGGCGCGGAGGCCGCGGCGUUCCUCCCGUCGGGGGACGCGAGGGCGGCAUUGCACAGGCACGGUAGGCGCAACCGGAUGCGCCGCGGGGCGGACUCUGCCGUAUGAUCGGCAGCCGUGUCGCUGUGACGUGAUUCUGAUCUACGAUUAGGGUUCUUGAUUCCUGACGUCCACCAGCACCGCCAUUGUAGCUUAACAGUAACCGGAGUUCCGCUGAUUAUUAAGCCUCAUCACCCCUACUACUACUUGCAGCACUGCUCCAAUCCACCAUUCAUGUUCAGUGCAAUUUGUUGUUCACCCCGUAGAUGGAGCGGUAUGCACAUUGCACGCCAUAAAUCCAUAUGCUUUGCCCA